AAUGUUUCUUGAACGUCUUGUGUCACUCGGUAGUGACGUCUGCGAUUUGAUGAUUCACACGUGAGUUGUGUGUUUAAAAGUGGGAAGGAUCUUUAAAGAGCGGCAUGUUCUUUGAGUUCGAGUGCAUCUGAAACUGACAGCCCGUCGAAGCAUGGAGCAGCAGCGGCCAGCGCUGACAGUCGGCUGUCAUGGGCCUGUGAUCAGUGCUUUCCUCGUUGCCCUAUUGGGAACCCUGUGCUGCCAUAUUGCGGCUGACACUCCUCCAGACUUGAGGCCUCCUAAAAUUGAGGCACUAACAAAAUCUACAUUCAACCCCCGCCCUGGGAAGCCGCUGAACUUGUCUUGUGAGGCAGAUCCCGGAUUCCCAGGUGUUUUCACUCUCAUUUACUGGUUGGUAAAUAAUACGUUUGUGGAGCUGCUGCACCCUGCUGGUAGGAUCACCGAAGGUGAGGAGAGUGAGAGCACAGUCAACAAUUCAGUGGUCGUCCGGAAGGAUCUGAUGUUGACUGUUGUUAAGCCCAAGGAUUUCAGCGCCAGUUACACCUGCGUUGUGAUGAGCCCCACAGGAAAGGACUCAAGGACAGUUAGACUGAGGCGGAGGAAGAGGAAGAUGUCUCCCACCUGAGUCUGACGGUGCCGUGGACGGUUGUUUGCUCUUGCUGUAAACUCAUAGAUGUUAUCGUCACCCCCCCCCAGCCUCCGCUAUGUACAAACUGCAGUGCCUUUUUUUUUCUCGCCGACCUCAUUUGGUUUAAAGUUGUUAUAAUAUUUUUGAAACAAAUGCUGCCCAAAGAGAGUAUGUGUGCAUAUAUAGUGGCUUUCAAAAAUAUUCAACCCCCCCCCCUCCAAGUUACCAGAUUUUCCUGAAUUACAAAUUAAACAUACAUAUUUCCUUCAUGCCAGUAUUUCUAUUUGAAACUCAGUGUCUAACUGUAAAUUUUUAUUUCAUUUGUCAAUGAAUCUUUUUUUUUUUAAAUGGUACAACUGAAAGAUGCUGCUUGCUGAAGUACUUACAGUCAUUACCACUAAAUUUCUGUGCAAUUUUAUUUUAUUUUUUAAAGUUCAGGAGUGAUUUUCGCUCAUUCGUCCUUGCAGACAUGAUCCAGCCCCCUCAGCUUGACUGGAUGUCACUUGUCUGCAGUUUUCAAAGUAUUUCAAAGUUCGCCACAGAUUCCCUAUAAGAUUCACAUUUGGACUUUGACUUAGCCACUGUAGAAAUGCAGCAUUUUUUAUUUUUGUUGUUUCGCUGACACAAUUGAUUUUCACUGUAUGUAUUGUGGUUUCUGCCCCAUGUUUGCCCACAUUCUGCUCAUUGAUGUCUCUUGGCUUUAAUAUUCCCUGUAUCACUGCUUAUGGGACAUUUGUUAUGGGGGCAAGAUUUGCAACGUUUUUCAUACUUUUGUUGGUUUGCAGCAAUUUAGUCUGUCUAGUAUUUUGGCGCUCUGGGAUUAUGAAUUUUUUCCGCUACUCUGUAGAAUACCAUCCCUGCUGUAGCCACGUUCCUCUGCUUUGUUCCCUGUCCUUCCUGAAACAGGGCAUCACGUUGGACAAAUGUUUGCGAGAUCAAUGGGUGACCUGUAAUCUGGAUUUUGGUGACGGCUCAAUAGUAAACUGUUCCUCGCUCUUAUUCUUAAAGUUAAUAAUUAAAAAAAAUCAAGAAUG